AUGCGCAAGUGUUUACAUCCUUCUCCCACUUCCUGGAACGGAAAGUCCACUCCAAUCACAAAUCGUAGCCUCCGCAGAACUUUUACAGUAAAAGACGUCGACAUGGCCAAAAGCCUCCGCAGCAAAUGGAGGCGAAAGAUGCGGGCAGAGAAGAGGAAGAAAAAUGCCCCGAAAGAAUUGGCUCGUCUCAAACAGGCUCUGGGCACAGACCUGAAAGGGGAGGCUGUGAUGUCAGACAUUCAGGAGAUCGCCACUUUGGUUCCAGCCGACAAAGUCAAGAAAAACACUGAUGUAGAUAUGGCAGAGGAAACAGGAGAUGGUGAGAAGAUGGACAUGGACAGCAAGCGCAAUAAGAAAACUAUGCUUAAUGAACAUGGUCAAUACCCUGCAUGGAUGAGUCAACGGCAGGCCAAGAAAAUAAAAGGCAAACGAGUGGCCAAGAAAGGCGCCUCUGGCAAAAAGAAGAAAGGCAUUGCUUGGUAA